AUUAAUAAUUUACUUAUUUUUCAUUUAAGAAAUUAAGAGAUUAAACAGAGAUUGUGAAAGUGAAAUCAUGUGAAGAGAUUUAAAUUAUAAUCAUACACUUUGAAAAAUAUUGUAUAUCUCACGCUCUGUGGAUUAUCUCUUUAUAAGUAAAUUCAUAGAUGUAAGAUAAGUCUUGUCAAGAUAGGACAUAAUCAGUUUAAAGUGGCCACUUAUGGCUAGCAUUGGAGUUACUAAGAACAGUGAUAAGCCUAUCCAAAAAAAGGGCAUAAUAUAAUAUACAUAAGUACUAUAUAAACAAUUUAUCCAUUUCAUACAAAGUGUUCAAGACAGAAAGACAAUGAAGUUGGCGUUCAUUUUUAGUUUAGCAGUGUUGGGCUGCUGCGCUCUACCUUCAAAACAACAGAGAAGGUUUCCAGAUGACUUUCUUUUUGGAACCGCGACAGCUUCCUAUCAAAUUGAGGGCGCCUGGAAUGUAGAUGGUAAAGGUGAAAAUAUUUGGGAUCAUAUGACCCAUAAUACUCCAGAAGUAAUAAAAGACCAAUCCAAUGGAGAUAUUGCUGCAGACUCCUACACUAACUAUAAGCGGGAUGUGGAAAUGAUGAGAGAGUUGGGCUUGGAUGCUUAUCGUUUCUCGCUGUCUUGGUCCAGAAUCUUACCAAAUGGAUUAUCAAACAACAUUAAUGAAGCUGGUGUCGCCUUCUAUAAUAAUUACAUUAAUGAAAUGCUGAAAUAUAACAUAACGCCCAUAGUCACACUUUACCACUGGGAUUUGCCGCAGAAGCUCGCUGACAUGGGUGGAUUCAUGAAUCCAUUAAUCACUGAUUGGUUCGAAGAAUAUGCUCGUAUAGCAUAUGAUCUGUUCGGUGAUAGAGUAAAACAUUGGAUUACAUUUAAUGAACCGAGAGAAAUUUGUUUUGAGGGUUAUGGUUCUACUACGAAAGCACCUCGAGCGAAUCUUACUGACGUUGGUACUUAUAUUUGUGCGAAGAACCUCGUUAUUGCUCAUGCAAAAGCUUAUUAUGCAUAUAAUAACUAUUUCAAACAGCGUCAAGGUGGAGAAUGUGGCAUCACCAUCAGCGUCAAUUGGUUUGGACCACUUACUGAAUCUAGCGAAGACGAAGCCGCUGCUGAAAUAAAACGUCAAUCCGAAUGGGGUAUAUAUGCAGAACCAAUAUUUUCACAACAAGGUGGUUUCCCUAGAGAAUUUACUGAAAAAGUGGCUCAAAAAAGCGUCGAACAGGGAUACUCAUCAUCCCGCUUGCCAGAAUUUACCGAAGAAGAAAAGAACUAUGUGAGGGGCGCAUAUGACUUUUUUGGUGUAAAUCACUACACAGCUUACUUGAUUUCAGCCUCCGAAUAUUUGUCAGAUUUUGCGGUACCUUCUUUGAACGAUGAUGUUGGCGUGGGGACAUAUUCGCCACCAGAGUGGCCUCUAUCUAAUUCUACUUGGCUAAGGUUGGCGCCUAACAGUAUUUAUAAUUCACUUACACAUUUAAAAGCAAGAUAUGGUGACGUCAAAUUUUAUAUUACUGAAAACGGAUGGUCAGAAUCAGUUACUGGAAACGAUGAGGGUAGAAUUAGAUAUUAUAGAGCAGCCUUAGAAAGUGUCUUGGACAGUUUAGAUGCUGGUGUUAAUCUCAAGGGAUAUAUGGCUUGGAGUUUGAUGGAUAAUUUUGAAUGGAUGGAGGGUUAUACGGAGCGAUUUGGUCUUUAUGCUGUUGAUUUUGAAGAUCCCGCCCGCACCCGGACACCAAAUAAGUCUGCAUUUGUUUACAAGCAGAUAAUAAAAACACGUGUCAUUGAUCAUGACUAUGAACCAGAUUCAACAACAAUGACAAUUGACGAAGGACGGUAAAACGUGCUUAGGUUUCUACGUCACCUCAUCUCCACUUUAAUUAAUUAGGUAAUAAUAAUAAAAAAUAGUAAUUAAC